AUCCAAUUAAUUUACUAAUGAGGUUAUUUUCAGAUUGCGCUUUUGGGCAUUUUGGGUUGUAGGAUGUCUUUUUCCUUUUUGUGUUUGUUUACCUUUUGCGCGUGGGAUAGGGUAGCCGAGUAGGAGAGUGAGUUCGGGUAGGAGAGGGUCUCAUAUUAGCCUUUUCCGGUAUAUCAAAGUUCGGCAUUAGUUACGUUUAUCAAAUAAUAAAAUAAACGUUUUUCAAUACCAACGUAGCUCUCUCUUAUGAGUUACAAGUAAAUCCUUGAAUUGUGAGUAACGAUUCAUCAUUUACCUAGUUACACGUGCAUAGUUACGAGAAUCGAAUCCAUAACAUCCUGAUGAGGUCUGAAAACAUAGUGCUAAUUAACUGGCUUAUUUUUGUAAUAAAAGGGAGAGGAAGUGUGGAUCAAAUAAACAACCAAAGAAAGAAAGGAAGAAACUGGACAUUUUCCCACCAUGAAAAGAAUCCACCAAUUAAUGCAUCCUUGAGAAGGAAUCUUCAGCUAGCUAGAAGGGCUAACAAAGAAGGGUUAUAUGUAUAAUAUGCUCCUCUACUAUGACGUACUAUCAAACAUGCCUCUCUAUUAUUUUUUACAUCAAACAUGCUCCUAUACUUUGAAAAAAUUAUCAAACAUGUUCUUCUAUUAAAAUUUCGAUUGAAAAAAUCGUCAAUCAUGGUUGAACCGAUAUUUAGACGACCCGACAUCGACAAAUGGGAAGGAAAAUGAUAGUUUUGUCCCCCGUUUUAUUCCUCUAGGUCUCUUCAAAGUGAAAUUAUUUGAAUUAUUUGGCUAUACAAAAUAACCAAAUAAAUUCUAAAGUGAAAUUAUUAGGGAUAUUUUAGACAUUUGUGUCGCCCAAACCAAAGUUCGGCCAUGGUUAAUGGUUUUUGAAUGAAAAUUUUAACAAAAGGACAUGUUUGAUCAUUUUUACAAAGUACAAUGGCAUGUUUGAUGUAAAAAAUAGUAGAGAGGCAUAUUUGAUAAAACGUCAUAGUAGAAGGGCAUAUUAUACCUAUACCCCAAUAAAUAACAAUAUCAAACAAUUAGCCUUUGCAUGCCGCCCUCUAUGUUGGUGCAACAAUUGUUAUAUAUCACCCCAAUAACAGAUUCUUCUUAACGAUAUUCCCCACUAAACAUGGACUUCCAAGGUAUUUUGUUGCUGUCACUAAUGAACAGGUUAAAUUGAUCAUUUGAUCCUUCUUUCAAGAUCAUUCAGUCAUCUAGCUAGUCAAUCUCAUCAUUCUCAUAUCGAUAAAAUUAUUCGAAGGGGUCGUUUGGAUGCAGAAUUGUAGUGAGAAAUUUUAAAACAAUUUCUCGUUAUACAAGAUUUUAAAACAAUUAUGCGUUUGGAUAGAUGAGAGGAAUUGUGGUCAUUGAAGAUUUUGAAAGAUCUCAAAUAGUACAGGUUUUUAAAAUAUAGCUAAUGAGAUAUAAUAAUAAAUAAUCUCACAUUCUCUAUCUUCUCUCAACGUAAUAUAUCCAAAGUAAAAGGCCAAGAAUCUACGGUCUCAACUUUCAAGAGAGAAAAAAUUGUGGUUAGUUAGGAGUCAGGACUAGGAGUCAAUAAACCUAAUAAAAAUCGGGUCAAAUGAACAAAAGAACCGGACGAAAGAAUAUUAAAAAUAAAAAAAACUCCCCGAAUCGAGAGCUGCGUGACGUGGAGCGGAAGUUUCCUCAAAUCCUUUUAAAUAUUUUGAAAAGAAAAAUCCUAGUCAAUCAAUUCACCGAUUCAGCCACACUCACCAAAGGCAGCCUCUCAGUCUCCGUACAACAAUGGACCUCACCUCCUCCAACUUCCCUUCCAUCGCCAACAAAAUCCCCCCGUCGGUUUCUUCAAUCCUUUCCGGCGCCGCCUCCAUCGUCGCCUACACAAUGCUAAUCCGGUCCGUCGCCCACAGCCUCAUCCCCCACGAGGUCCUUCGUCCAGUCCUCUCCUUCGCCUCCCGCUUCUCCAAUACCCUAACCCUCGUCGUCGAAGAAAACGGCUUAAUUCGCGACGAGCUCUACGACGCAGCCGAGAUCUACCUCCGAACCAAAAUCGGCCCCGCCGUGGGCCGCCUCAAGAUCCGCAAAACCCACAAGCAGAAGGAAUUCACCCUCUCCCUCCUCAACGACGAGGAGAUCGUCGACCGCUACGACGGUUUCGAUGUUCGAUGGAAAUACAUCUGCGUUCGCAGCAGCAACGGUCCAACCAGGGAGGAGAAAUCGUUUCAGCUCACCUUCCCCAAGAAAUUGAAGGAGAGAGUGAUUGGUUCCUACCUUCCCUACGUCUUGGCCAGAGGGGAAGAAAUCAGGGAAAAGAAGAGAGUCGUGAGGAUUUACAGCACGGAUUGCCCUGAUAAGCAAGGCACUUAUUGGGGAUCUGUGAUUCUUCAACACCCAGCGAGCUUCGACACCCUCGCGCUGGAUUCCGAUUUGAAGAGGAUGAUAAUUGGGGAUCUGGAGAAAUUCGUUGAGAGGAAGGAAUUCUACAAGAGAGUGGGCCGAGCUUGGAAGCGCGGGUACCUGCUCUACGGCCCGCCUGGAACUGGGAAAUCGACCCUGAUUGCCGCGAUGGCGAAUUACCUGAAAUUCGACAUCUACGAUUUGGCGCUCAGCAGCGUGUAUUCGGACUCAGAUCUGAAAAGGGUUUUGCUAUCCACCUCGAAUCGUUCUAUUCUGGUGAUUGAAGACAUCGAUUGCAGCUCCUCCAAAGUUCACGUCCGGCAGGAUGACGGCGGGGAUGACGACGGCGGCGGUGGCGCCGGCUACAUUGGGUACUACCAAGGUCAGGAAUUGGAGCCCAGGCUGACGCUGUCGGGGAUCUUGAAUUUCAUUGACGGGCUGUGGUCGAGCUGCGGUGACGAGAGGAUAAUUGUGUUCACGACCAAUCAUAAGGAGCGCCUGGAACCUGCUCUGCUUCGGCCGGGGAGGAUGGAUGUUCAUAUCAACCUAUCUUAUUGUACCCCUGAAGCUUUUGCCAUUCUGGCGUCGAACUACCUCAACGUUGACGACUGGAGCCACCGGCUGUACGGUGAGAUAGAGGAGUUGAUAAGGAGCGUGGAUGUGACGCCGGCGGAGGUGACGGAGGAGCUUAUAAAGAACGAGGAUGUUGAUUUGGCUUUUAAAGGGGUUAUUGAUCUUCUAAGGAAGAGGAAAACAGGGGCAGUGGUUGAAGAGGAAGAAAGUGUACAGCGUCUAAAUGGCGAAUCCAGUUUUGCUAAUAAGGAUGUGGUGAAUUGAUAUCAAUUUGUACUUCAAAAUUGAUUCUUUGACUAUAAAACUCCAUUGGCUGAAUGCAAGGUUGUCAAACCGGUUUAUACCGUCGGUUUGGCAAGUGGAAUGGUACGAUUGGUGGUAUAACCAAUUUGUGCCGGUUCAUGUCGGUUUAAAAAAUGUAAAAGCAAUUAAUAUCCAAUGCAUUUAAUCAUAAAAUGAAUAAUUUAGUUACAAUCCAACAAAUAUCAUCAACUUUUAACUAUUAAAUUCAUAAAAUGAAUAAUAAAUUAAUUUUUUUAAUUAAAUUAAUUGAAAUGAUGCCAUUUUGUUUAGAAUGCGUAAGCCGAUCAUACCGGUGGUGUCAUGCCGGUUUCAUGACCGGUACAGGUUGAACCAGGUUCAACCGGGUGGCAUGCCACCGACAUGACAACCAUUGCUGAAUGUGAUGUCUACUUCUCUUUGGUGGCGAUGACUGGUGAGACUCAUAGUUAGUUUUAUACAGCCUAGUUAGUCUGCUAACUUGAAGAUUCGUUAGUAUAUAGUAACUAAUAUCCAAAAUGUAUGAACUAAUAUCCAAGUCUGCUAAGUAUCUAAAUAACACAGACUAAUAUUCAAAACAUCACAAACUAGUAUCCAGGUAGCACAUACCAACUAAUAUCCACAAUCAACCAACUAGUAUUCAAUAUGGAUACUCUUAUGGGUUAUUUGGAUACUCUUAUGUAUUAUCUGGAUACUAAUUGUGUGUUGUUUGGAUACUAUUAUGUGUUGUCUAGAUAUUAGUUUGUGAAUUUGGGAUAAUAGUUGAUUCAUGAUGGAUAUCAGUUAGCAAACUUUGAAUACUAGUCUGUGUUCUCUAGAUACUUUAGUACUUGAACAUUAGUUCAUGUAUUUUGGAUAUCAGUUAGUAUCUGCUAACGAAUCUUCAAGUUAGCAGAUUAACUUUUCCCAGUUUGAUAUGUGGAAGGAUGUGGUGGUGCAUGUACUGGUGGAUAGCGAAAAAGUUAAUAUGUUAAUUUGAAGAUUCGUUAGCAAAUACUAACUGAUAUCCAAAAUAAAUGAAUUAGUAUCCAAGUACUAAAGUAUCUAGAGAGCACAGACUAGUAUUCAAUAUUUGCUAAUGUCCAACAUGAAUAAACUAUUAUCUCAAAUUCACAAAUUAAUAUCUAGACAACACGGAAUAGUAUCCAUAAAGCACAUAAUUAGUAUCGAGAUCACGAAUAAGAGUAUCCAUAUUGAAUACUAGUUGGUUGAUUAUGGAUAUUAGUUGGUAUUUGCUAUUUGGAUACUAGUUUGUGAUGUUUUGAAUACUAGUCCGUGUUAUCUAGAUAUUUUAGUAAAAUCAGCAGAUUUGGAUACUAGUUCAUAUAUUUUUGAAUAGGAGAAUAACUAGGCUGGGUGGAUAGACGACCGUGUGCCUUCGAUGCUCUCACGCACAACUCAAAAGAUUUUUGGAAAGGCUCCUUAACAUUGACGUUUUCUUGGACCACAUAAUUAAUAUGAAUGCUAUUUGCCGCCCGAGUAGUUACUACUUGCCGCGCGUAGUUUCAAAUAAAAUGACAUUUUUGCC